UCUGAGAAACAGAUAAGUACAUGAAAUUUUUAUGGUCAAUGAAACAGAAGAUAUGAAAGGGGAAGGGUUUAUUUUUUCUUGCGACAUCGUAAACCAAACCACGCUUUGAUAUUCCGCACUCCCAGCUUUUACGACUAAUAUUGAGAAAACGGUAUUUAAUGGUCAUGGUCAUAUCGGAAAUUAAAGCUACCAUCAAGAUUGUAAAUAUGAAUCGAAAACUAGGUUAUGAAUCAAAGUUAUUACUUGUUACGUAUUAUCAAACAAAUCUAACCGUGAACCAGUAAGAAUUGAAUGAAACCCCAUUGUCAAUACCAUUUAAUUACCUAAUUAUACCAAUAAUCAUACCUCAUUGUUUAAUCAAAGUUAAAUUUAAAGCUCGAUGUCAUGCAGAGGUGGUUGAUGAAAAUCGUGAUAAUGUCAAAUAUUAUCAGUGUCCAUACAGUUCAAACAACCUGCGCCUGAUUUUGAUGGGAAUGCCAAAUGGCAUCGCACUCAAAAUUCAAAACCAUGUAAAUCCUGAAUAUAUUUAUUGUCCCCAAAAAUAUAAGUGGUCUGGCAUUUAAUGCAUCGGACUGGUUUAAAUUGUCAAUUUGAAUUUGAUACUCAUGGAAAUCGCUUAUGUACUUACAUACCUAUUUAUGGAUGUUGGAUGACUUUUUCGCACACCAUGUCAUGUCACAAAGUGCCAAAUAAAUACAUACAUAAUUAAAUUUAAAGCACAAAGUCCACAAUCUGCCCCCAACAUACACACACAUGUCAAAGACACAUGUCAAAUUUGAGAUGACAGAGAUUUCAGCCAUCACACAUAUAAAACAAAACUUGGGACAUACUUUGCUUACAAGUAUUUGCUUACUUAUCUUUACUUACCGGGUCGUCCUUUGAUUCGGAUGUGACGUAUGUACUCCAAUCCUCUUUCCAGACUCGGAGUCUUGGGUAUGUAUGAACUAAAAUUUAAUGAAUUUCCCCUUCAAACACGACAGCUAAUUAAGUAAGUGGACUUGACAAAAACUUUUCAAACACCAAACCACGCAGGAUUCUUAUCAACGCAAGAUGACGUAAUUUCGGGCAACAUGGGCCUUAAGGACCAAGUCGUAGCGUUGCAAUGGGUAAAAAAGAAUAUCCAUUCUUUUGGUGGAGACCCCUCACGCGUCACGAUAUUCGGAGAGAGUGCUGGAGGGGCUUCGGUAUCAUAUCACCUCCUAUCGCCAUUGUCUAAAAGCUUGUUCAUCGGAGCGAUAUCUCACAGUGGGACGGCCCUCUGCCCCUGGGCUUUUGUUCGAAAUGCGAAAAGUGUAGCUUUAAAAUUAGGACGUUUACUCAAUUGUGGAACCAACAGCUCCCAAGAACUGGCAACUUGUCUCAAGAAAAUUGAUGCCAGGCAGCUGGUCACGUCUCAAGAGCAGUUGACCGUUUGGAACCGUGAUCCAUUUGCCAUGUUUGCUCCAUCGAUGGAAGAAAUAGGUGAUGGUGGCGGCGACAACGGUGGUGAGAUUUUUCUGGGGGAGACGCCAUUCGAUAUAUUGUGCCGAGGGGGACAGAACCCUGUGCCCUGGAUUUUAGGCGUCUGCCGAGAUGAAGGUCUCACUUUCCACGCGGCACCGAUCCUCUUUAACCGGAAGUUGGCCUAUGAGUUGGACUCACAUUGGUCCCGGAUCGCACCUAUUACCCUCCUUUACGAAGACACGGCCCGAAACCUGGCCUAUGUCUCUAACAAAGUGAGAAAGUUUUACUUUGGAUCAUCCUCUCCGGAAAUCCUAUCCUCCUCUUCAAACUAUAAUGAUAACACCACUACCGACCACCACGACGACGGCAGUACGGAAUCAAACAAUGGUAAUACCAACAGCAAAGUCGAGUGGAGCCCAAGCCUGAGAAAGCUUACGGAUUUGUAUUCCGAUCGAUAUUUUUUCCACUGUACGAGAAAUGCAGGAUUCCUUCACUCCAGAAAAGCGCCGACAUUUCUUUAUCGGUUUUCUUACCAGGGGAAAAACUCGAUCAUUGAAGCAUUUGGAAUUCCAAAGUUUGGCGUGGCACAUGGGGACGAUCUCCAAUACAUUUUUCCUCUAUCACCACGAUUUCCAUUUCUACCUCGGGACACGGAACAGGGACAGUUUUCCCAGAGAGUCGUAAAGUUAUGGGUCUCCUUUGUCAAGACGGGCCGACCUUCCACAAAGUUUUGGUCCACAUCAGCACCAAGUAAGGGCGAAAAAUGGAACCCGAUUCAGAGCACAGGUUGUGGAACGACGAGUCGAGAUCAUCUAGGAGAUAGUGAAAACUAUGGAAAAUGCUUCAUGAAUACGACCAUGCCAUGGUUAGACAUUGACGAGAACGUGACCGUGGUGAAUAAUUUAUACCAUGAAAGGCUACAAUUUUGGGAUGCGCUACCACUACAUGAAUAUGAUGCAGAGCGAAGAAAUAAUAAAUGAUAUGACAUACAACGGAUUUAUGUAGAUUGGUUUAAAUAACAAAUAACGUGAUACCAUUUUAUUAAUGGAUUCAUUUGUGUGUGUAUGUAUACAAGUAUUAUUAUUAUAUAAUAAGUAAAUGAAAAUUGUGAAAACCUUAGAUUUUUUUUACGACAAAGUAUAAGAUAGAUAGAGUUCAUUUCUCGUUAUUACAGAAGCCUAGCAUUCUGUGGUCAAGACUGACUGACACAUUGUAAACAGUAUAAUAAUAAUGUUAAUAACGGUAACAAUAGCUUUUGAAAUAGCGUAUUGA